AACAACCUACCUUCAUAAACCACACAAAAAAAAUCUUAUAACAUAAGCUUAUAAACACACAUCCACCACAACAACAAAAAAACCCUUAGCUCCAUUAUCACUUCAACAUUCAAAAAUAUUAUUACUACUACUAGUUGUAAUUAUUAGUUUUUGAAUGGCAAUUACAAGUUCAAUUGCAACAACUUCAUUUUCUUCAUGUGUUGGUGGUGAAGAUUAUGGCAUGUUUAUGAAGAAAGUGCAACCAUUAAUGAAUGUUAAAAUUGGAAAGGCAGUGAGAUCAAGGACAAUGAUGGGGAAUGUUAAUGAUGGAAAAGGAUUAUUUGCACCAAUUGUUGUUAUCACUAGGAAUAUUGUUGGCAAGAAAAGAUUCAAUCAACUUAGGGGCAAAGCUAUUGCUUUACACUCUCAGGUAAUCACAGAGUUUUGCAAGUCAAUAGGAGCAGAUCAGAAGCAAAGGCAAGGAUUAAUUCGAUUGGCAAAGAAGAAUGGUGAAAAACUUGGGUUUCUUGCUUGAUGGAUGGCACAUAAUUAAUCAUCAUUGCCAAUGGAAAAUGUGUUAUGAUCAAAUAGCUAUAGCCUCUUUUGUGUAAUUGAGACAAAUCAAUCAGAUACAACUUAAUUAUAUGUAUUAUUCAAACAUAUAUAUAUG